ACGACAACCCGGCUUUUAGGUUAUGUAUGUUUACUUGUUAACGCGGAAAUCGAGCAUUUUGAAUUUUGUUCAAUUUCAAUACGUUUAAAGUGGUUUAUUCAAAUCAGUUCAUUUUUUAAAUUCAAAUUUGAGAAUAUCCAAAGACGAGACAAGUUUCAAAAUGGAAGUCAGUACUGAUCGGUGGUGUCUCAACCGACACAAAAUGUUCAAGCUCCUCCGUGAAGCAAGCCCAGAAAACAUUUCUAAGUCGAAGAAUAUAAUGUGUUUUAAUAAUGGGAUUAUUUAUGUCUGGAACUGCAGUGAAAAUAAUCUGUUCAGUUUGAAUAUCAAAACUCUCAACAUCUCCACCGAGGAAGAUCUCCACCAGGUACUCAUGCCUUCGGAUCCCCCCACUUUCGACGUCACAUGCAUCAGAGUGAACAAAUCUGGAACCUUGUGUGCUGUCAGUGGGUCCAAAGGAGUGGCCGUUCUUGAAUUACCCAAACGUUGGGGAAAGUACGGCUUGUUUCAAGGUGGUAAGAAUUCAAUAUUUGUCAAGUGUUCUCCCCUAGACGGACGCUAUCUAUCCUGCAAUGGUGAUAUUGUUCUACAAGUCCGUUGGCAUCCUGCCUCGGAGUCGGACGAUCAACUGAUUGUCUUGACAUCAAGCAAUGACCUACGAAUUUACAAAACCAUUCCUGUAGACUCAAUGAAUUUGUUAGCUGUCUGGCCCUUAGGGCGAUCUCCCAUCUCAGUACCGUACCUGGCAUCCUUAGGUGAUAUAGCUGUUGAUUUUGAUUUUGCUCCUCCUAUUGUAACCGAUACAAACGAAGAAAAUUUAGAGCUUCUCAGUAUUCUAUGGCCUAUACUAGUUUUGUUUGGUAAUGGUGACGUGUUCUUAAUAACGAGUCCUGCCAUCAGCAAAACUAGGCAAGUGAUACCCAAAGUGGCAGGUCCUUUGUGCAUGUAUCCUGCAGCUGAUGAUAAUUACGGUACAGAUGCUAGUUCUUUGUUAAUCUUGCCCAGCGCGCCUCCAAUCGUUGUUAUUGCAAUGAGUAGCGGCACCGUUUACCAUUGUUUACUGAUGUCGUCAAUGGAGGAAACCAGUAACGAAGAAUCAAACUUGUCAAAUAAUAGCUUGAAUACCUCUACCCAAGCACUUUAUGUGUUUGAAUCCAUUGAAUUUGAAUUAGGGCUUAGCUUAGAUGAUGAUGACCAGCAACUGUUCUCCUGCCCAAUAUUCCUGCACAGAGACCCAAUUUUUAAUUCACGGUAUUUCUGUAGUCAUGAUACAGGCAUCAACGUAAUUAAUAUUCCUUUCACCCAAGAUCUUGAAACAUUUGCUGCUGCUAAAGAUGAAAACAUUGACUUAUGUUUACCAUCGUUUGAGCAUCACAGUUCCUCUGAGUACUUAGUCUGCACACAUGUGAGUAACUCCUCAAAACACCAGCCUGUUUUGGGACUGACCAUCGUUGAUUCUCCCUCAACGCUGGUCGCUUUCCUUGGAAGCGGAGAAGUUAUAUCUCUACCUCUCACCUCGUUCAAUAUUAGUCCGUCUUCAGUAUCCUCUCCAGAAAACAAAGUCGAUUCAGUCAAAAAGUCUCAAAAGCAGCCAUUUGAUGUCCAUAUUAAGAAUCUCCUCUCGUCUCCCAACUCAGUCUCCCGUCCAUUGUUGAAACUGAACUCUUCAUCUGAGCCAAGCCCACAAGAGUGUCUAGAGUUGAUAACCAGGGUAACUCGGUUGUUCAGGGAAGAACAUUUCCCGAAAUACGAAAUGGUGAAAGAUGAGAUCAGCAGGCGAGUCCGAAUUUUGAGGAAUAUGAAAAAGAGGCAGGUAGAGGAAAUCAAGGAACUUGAACAGAAGAAAGGAGAACUCCAAGCAGCCGCUGAAAAACUCGCCGACAAGUACGAAGAAGCAAAUGAAAAACAAGAAAUUCUGACGAAGAGAGCGGAAAAAAUUGUAAUGACGAUUUCAUGCCUGCAACCUACCUCGAAUCAGGCUGAGAAAAAAAUGGCAGCAGACCUUCAAAUCAUCAAAGAGAAAGUUGAGAAGUUCAAACUUUCGAUAGAGCAAAUCAAAUCGAAACAAGCGUACCAGCUUAAGAAUUUAGAAGCAAGUGCUAAUCAAAGAAAAAAUAAAGAAAUUUACCUAAGUCUCACUAAAGAAAAGGCUAUCAAGUCCAAUCUCGAGAACCUGUCAUCAGAAAUUAGACGUCUGAAAUCAAGACUAGAAACUCUAAAAACCGAAACUAACGAACUGUGUAAAACAUGAGUUGAAAUUUCUCAAAAGUUUGUUCUUUAUAGUAUAAAAUUGUAUGUAAGUAUGUAAUAAAAUGUAUAUUGUUCUUAUAUUUUCUGCAUUUCAAAUGGUAAAUCCCAUACUUAUUGUGAUUAAAACCAACCCUAAAAAUCAUUGAAUUUUUGCAGAAGAUGGAGGCUACAAUUUUUUUGUUCAUACUUUUUCAAAAAAUGUAUAAAGUAUAGGUAAUGUACAUGCAUCAUUGUAUUUAAAAAAAAAAAAGAGAGGAAAAAAAAACAGGAUCCAAGCCUGCAGCUAUGAUUAUCAGUCCUCACUUUAAUAUGUUCUAAUGUGUCUGUUAACACAUUUCAUCAGUUUUAUUCUUUUGUUGUGCUCUAACUGUAAAUUCUACAGAGAUUAGUGCUAUCCAUAAUGAAACACUUGGAGCAACGAAAACAAAUUAUCGAAAGUAAUCACUGUAGCAAAUAAAUGCGGUGAUCUCCAGAUAAAAUUUCAAAGGAGAGAUGUCAUCUCCUAAGUCUCAGAGAAUUGUUAAUCCUCUAGCAAUCAAUUUUAGGCGCACUGACUUUUAUGUAUCUUUUUUAAAAACAAAACGUCCAUUAUGUUUAAGUACAAUCAUUUCACUCGUCUAAAACCCUCAGUCCCAUUUCUCACUUAUGUAAACAUUUUAAUUUUAAUCCUGCAGGUGUAUUGAUUUUUGUAGAAUUUUUUGUUUUUUAUUCUUGCCCCGGAUACUUUUCUUGAGGAAAACAGGUGAUACAUAUCACAUUUUUGGCUGGAUCCUCUUAGUAUCUAAGUCAUUGUUAAACAAGUUUUUGUACCUUUAUAAACUAAGUUUGUACCUUUCUGAAAUGCUGAACCACAAAUCAGACCAUCAAGCUUUUAAACUCAUGUAAAUGUAUUAAAAAUAAACUUCGUUUUAUUUCUUUUAAAAAAAAA